UGAAUGGGACUCAACAGACAUAACAAAGACUGGGAGCAUCUCACACUUCAAGGCUGUCAAACACAAUAUGGGCCCUUUGACAUUUUGCUAGCUGCAGUUUGGCCGAGGCGGAGGUCACAUGUUUACUGGGAAAGAAAUGUAUCAGUGACACAGGCGGAGGAGGCCGUGGAGCUGGUCUUCUCCACCGAGCGUCCGCAGCACCUGGUGAGUCCCGCGUUCCUGUCCUUCACCAUCGACGCCAACCUGGCCACGGAGCCGCGGUUCCUCACCUUCCUCGGUUCUCCAAAGCUACGUACCCUGGCCAGAGGCCUGUCUCCUGCAUAUUUGAGGUUUGGUGGCACCAAGACAGACUUUCUCAUUUUUGAUCCCCACAAGGAACCAACCUUUGAGGAGAGAAGAUACUGGCAAUCUCAAGUCAACCAGGAUGUUUGCCAGUUUGGACCCAUCCCAUCUGAUGUGGAGGAGAGAUUACAGUUUGAAUGGCCCUCCCAGGAGCAACUGCUGCUUACAGAACAGUAUCAGAAGAAGUUCAAGAACAUCACCUACUCAAAGAGCUCGGUGGAUAUGCUGUACGAUUUUGCAAAUUGCUCUGGACUCAGUUUGAUUUUUGGUCUGAAUGCCUUACUAAGGACAGCAGAUUUGCAGUGGAACAGCUCAAAUGCUCAGCUGCUCCUGGACUACUGUUCCUCCAAGAGUUACAACAUUUCUUGGGAACUAGGCAAUGAACCUAACAGUUUCAGGAAGAAGGCUGGUAUUUUCAUUGAUGGAUUGCAGUUGGGAGAAGACUUUAUAGAACUACAUAAACUUCUGGAGAAGUCCACUUUCAAAAAUGCGAAGCUCUAUGGUCCCGAUGUGGGUCAGCCCCGAGGAAAGACGGUGAACAUGCUGAGCAGUUUCCUGAAGGUUGGUGGAGCAGUGAUUGAUUCAGUUACAUGGCAUCACUACUAUUUGAAUGGACGAAUUGCUACCAAAGAUGAUUUCCUGAACCCUGAUGUGUUGGACACCUUUAUUUCCUCUGUGCAGAAAGUGCUCCAGGUGGUGGAGGAGACCAGACCCGGCAAGAAAAUCUGGUUGGGAGAAACCAGCUCUGCCUACGGGGGCGGAGCGCCCUUGUUGUCCAACACCUUUGCAGCUGGCUUUAUGUGGCUGGAUAAACUGGGUGUGUCAGCCCGCAUGGGCAUGGACGUGGUGAUGCGGCAAGUGCUCUUUGGAGCUGGAAACUACCACCUGGUGGACAGGAACUUUGAACCUCUGCCCGAUUACUGGCUUUCUCUUCUGUACAAGAAACUGGUGGGCUCCACUGUGUUCACAGCACGUGUGAAAGGGCCAGACAGAAGCAAACUUCGAGUUUACCUUCACUGCACAAACGUCAACCACCCAAGGUAUAAGGAGGGAGAUCUAACCUUAUAUGCAUUAAACCUCCACAAUGUCACCAAGCGCUUGCAGUUACCGUCUCAUUUAUUCAACAAGCAAGUGGAUAAAUACCUGCUAAAGCCAGCAGGCUCUGGUGGAUUACUCUCCAAAUCCAUCCAACUCAAUGGGCAAACUCUGAGGAUGGUGGAUGACCAAACCCUCCCAACUUUGAUAGAAAAACCUCUGCGCCCAGGAAGUUCACUGGGCUUGCCGCCUUUCUCAUAUGGGUUUUUUGUGAUAAGAAAUGCCAAGGUUGCUGCUUGCAUCUGAUGAUGA